UUGCUCUUGACAGCCAGUAGUUACCGUAGCAACUAGUAACAGUAGGCUCGUCCCCUUUUGCCAUCUUUAACUCUGCUUGUUCCAGUCAGAGAGAUGAAGAAGCUCUGUCACCUGUAUAACAACAUCCUGAUAGUCGGCAUUUUACUGAUUGUCUUCGGUCCUCCAGGUGCUUUGGGUGCAUCGGGUCUUUGUGGUUAUUCGUAUUCACCAAUUGAUUUGGAAGGACUGGCUGGAUCUUGUUUGGAUGUCCAAUGUGAAUUUGAGCCCUUUCCAGGAUUUAACAGCAGCAAACCCAUUUACGCAAUAUGGAUGAAAUUUUUUCUGAAUUUGACAACAAAUCAAGUUUUUUUUAACAGCAGUGGUUCAAUUAACACCUAUCAAAUGGAAAUAACUGGAGAUUUGACAAGUAACAACUGCAGCACUCGGAUUUUUGAUUUAACAGCAACUCAUACAGAUGAGUACAUCUUAAGAAUUGAGAACGGGGGAAUAAAAAAGACAUUUUGUGAAAAUGUUGUGAUGGUAACAGUUGUAGAAACUCCUUGGGCUCCCACCAUUGCAUUUGACAGUACUCUGUAUGAGCGUCAGACUAUAAAUUUAUCCUGCGCAGCUUAUACUCCCUGUUUAAUCUCACCUCCUGAAAUCAUCUGGAAUCUCAACAACUACACUCUCAGAGAAGUAUUCGAGAAAUACGAUGGAACCCUUUUCACUAGAAUCAACAAAACCAUCAAACUUACACACCACCAUGAUGGAUUAAAUAUCAGCUGUUCUGCCAGAUAUCCUGUGAAAGGAGGAUUCAAACAGUCACCAGAGUCAGUAAGGACUCUCGAUGUUGCAUAUACUCCUAAAGAAGCCUUUUUAAUCGUCAGUCCUUCGAGUUUUGUGACAAAAGGUACCAGGGUGACGCUAAGAUGCCUCAGCAAAGAGAAUCCUCGCAGGACGGACGUCUAUUGGUACCAGACCGGCGAGGAAGAUCUCAUUAUCUUAGAGUUCGAGGAUGAUAGCAGCUUCAUUGCUACUGAACGACACGGCUAUGUUUGUGGGGUUGGAAAUAAUAUAGGUUUUGUGCUAUCGAACACCACCUGCGUUGACAUCAUUGAUAUUCCUUUGACUCCCACUAUUAAUAUCCCUGUUGGUGAUCUGAAUGUGGGCCAAUCUGUCACUAUAACCUGCUCAGCUUCAACUCCGUGUGCACUCUCACCUCCUGAACUCACCUGGAAUCUCCAACAAGACUCUAUAAGACAAACAGAGGAAACCACAAAGGGAAACUUUACCAGUAAAAUCCAGGAGAACAUCACUGUGUUGGAGACACAUGAUGGAUACAACAUCAAAUGUUCUUCCAGACAUCCUGCGGCUAGAGAAAGCAACAUAGCUGAGACAGAAGUGACUCUCAGUGUUUUAUAUGCUCCUAGAAACACCUCAGCAUCCAUCAGUCCAUCAGGUUUGGUAUCAAAAGGUAGCAGGGUGGAGCUGAGCUGCUCCAGCAGAGCCAAACCCCCCACAUUCAGGUGGAUAAAGAAGGGCACAGGUGGAGCCAUUAAAGUAUCUGAGAAGAAGGUUUACAGCUUCAUUGCUUCUGAGCGAGGAGAUUAUUACUGUGAGGUCACAAAUAAGCUUGGAAGUGAGAGAUCGACAAGCAUCUGUGUUGACCUAAUAGAUAUUCCUUUGACUCCCACUAUUAAUAUCCCUGUUGGUGAUCUGAAUGUGGGCCAAUCUGUCACUAUAACCUGCUCAGCUUCAACUCUGUGUGCACUCUCACCUCCUGAACUCACCUGGAAUCUCCAAAAAGACUCUAUAAGACAAACAGAGGAAACCACAAAGGGAACCUUUACCAGUAAAAUCCAGAAGGAAAUCACUCUGUUGGAGACACAUGAUGGAUACAACAUCAAAUGUUCUUCCAGACAUCCUGCGGCUAGAGAAAGCAAAAUAGCUGAGACAGAAGUGACUCUCAGUGUUGUAUAUGCUCCUAAAGACACCUCAGCAUCCAUCAGUCCAUCAGGUUUGGUAUCAAAAGGUAGCAGGGUGGAGCUGAGCUGCUCCAGCAGAGCCAGACCUCCACCCACAUUCAGGUGGAUGAAGAAGGGCACAGGUGGAGCCAUUAAAUUAUCUGAGAAGAAGGUUUACAGCUUCAUUGCUUCUGAGCGAGGAGAUUAUUACUGUGAGGUCACAAAUAAGCUUGGAAGUGAGAGAUCGACAAGCAUCUGUGUUGACCUAAUAGAUAUUCCUUUGACUCCCACUAUUAAUAUCCCUGUUGGUGAUCUGAAUGUGGGCCAAUCUGUCACUAUAACCUGCUCAGCUUCAACUCCUUGUGCACUCUCACCUCCUGAACUCACCUGGAAUCUCCAAAAAGACUCUAUAAGACAAACAGAGGAAACCACAAAGGGAACCUUUACCAGUAAAAUCCAGAAGGAAAUCACUCUGUUGGAGACACAUGAUGGAUACAACAUCAAAUGUUCUUCGAGACAUCCUGCGGCUAGAGAAAGCAACAUAGCUGAGACAGAAGUGACUCUCAGUGUUGUAUAUGCUCCUAAAGACACCUCAGCAUCCAUCAGUCCAUCAGGUUUGGUAUCAAAAGGUAGCAGGGUGGAGCUGAGCUGCUCCAGCAGAGCCAAACCUCCACCCACAUUCAGGUGGAUGAAGAAGGGCACAGGUGGAGCCAUUAAAUUAUCUGAGAAGAAGGUUUACAGCUUCAUUGCUUCUGAGCGAGGAGAUUAUUACUGUGAGGUCACAAAUAAGCUUGGAAGUGAGAGAUCGACAAGCAUCUGUGUUGACCUAAUAGAUAUUCCUUUGACUCCCACUAUUAAUAUCCCUGUUGGUGAUCUGAAUGUGGGCCAAUCUGUCACUAUAACCUGCUCAGCUUCAACUCCGUGUGCACUCUCACCUCCUGAACUCACCUGGAAUCUCCAACAAGACUCUAUAAGACAAACAAAGGAAACCACAAAGGGAACCUUUACCAGUAAAAUCCAGGCGAACAUCACUGUGUUGGAGACACAUGAUGGAUACAACAUUAGCUGUUCUUCCAGACAUCCUGCGGCUAGAGAAAGCAACAUAGCUGAGACAGAAGUGACUCUCAGUGUUGCAUAUGCUCCUAAAGACACCUCAGCAUCCAUCAGUCCAUCAGGUUUGGUAUCAAAAGGUAGCAGGGUGGAGCUGAGCUGCUCCAGCAGAGCCAAACCUCCACCCACAUUCAGGUGGAUGAAGAAGGGCACAGGUGGAGCCAUUAAAUUAUCUGAGAAGAAGGUUUACAGCUUCAUUGCUUCUGAGCGAGGAGAUUAUUACUGUGAGGUCACAAAUAAGCUUGGAAGUGAGAGAUCGACAAGCAUCUGUGUUGACCUAAUAGAUAUUCCUUUGACUCCCACUAUUAAUAUCCCUGUUGGUGAUCUGAAUGUGGGCCAAUCUGUCACUAUAACCUGCUCAGCUUCAACUCCGUGUGCACUCUCACCUCCUGAACUCACCUGGAAUCUCCAACAAGACUCUAUAAGACAAACAGAGGAAACCACAAAGGGAACCUUUACCAGUAAAAUCCAGGCGAACAUCACUCUGUUGGAGACACAUGAUGGAUACAACAUCAAAUGUUCUUCCAGACAUCCUGCGGCUAGAGAAAGCAACAUAGCUGAGACAGAAGUGACUCUCAGUGUUGUAUAUGCUCCUAAAGACACCUCAGCAUCCAUCAGUCCAUCAGGUUUGGUGUCAAAAGGUAGCAGGGUGGAGCUGAGCUGCUCCAGCAGAGCCAAACCUCCACCCACAUUCAGGUGGAUGAAGAAGGGCACAGGUGGAGCCAUUAAAUUAUCUGAGAAGAAGGUUUACAGCUUCAUUGCUUCUGGGCGAGGAGAUUAUUACUGUGAGGUCACAAAUAAGCUUGGAAGUGAGAGAUCGACAAGCAUCUGUGUUGACCUAAUAGAUAUUCCUUUGACUCCCACUAUUAAUAUCCCUGUUGGUGAUCUGAAUGUGGGCCAAUCUGUCACUAUAACCUGCUCAGCUUCAACUCCGUGUGCACUCUCACCUCCUGAACUCACCUGGAAUCUCCAACAAGACUCUAUAAGACAAACAGAGGAAACCACAAAGGGAACCUUUACCAGUAAAAUCCAGGCGAACAUCACUCUGUUGGAGACACAUGAUGGAUACAACAUUAGCUGUUCUUCCAGACAUCCUGCGGCUAGAGAAAGCAACAUAGCUGAGAAAGAAGUGACUCUCAGUGUUUUAUAUGCUCCAAGAAACACCUCAGCAUCCAUCAGUCCAUCAGCUUUGGUGUCAUCAGGUAGCUGGGUGGAGCUGAGCUGCUCCAGCAGAGCCAAACCUCCACCCACAUUCACCUGGUUCAGGAUCAGCGAAGAUGGAGCCAUUAACGACUCUUCAGUGUACAGGAUGAUCUUCACUGAAACUGAGCGAGGAGACUACUACUGUGAGGCCAGCAAUGAUCUUGGUACUGAGAGAUCGAACAGCAUCUGUCUUGACCUCAUUGAUUUUUCUGUGACUCCCACUAUUAAUAUCCCUUUUGGUGAUCUGAAGGAGCAUCAGUCUAUCACUGUAACCUGCUCAGCUUCAACUCUCUGUCCACAAUCACAACCUGAACUCACCUGGAAUCUCCAACAAGACUCUGUCAGACGAACAGAGAAAAACACAGAUGGAACCUUUACAACUAAAAUCCAGGAGAACAUCACUCUGUCAGACACACAUGAUGGAUACAACAUCAGCUGUUUCAGCAGACAACAUGCAACUAGAAAAAGCAUCGCAACAGACACAGAAGUGACUCUCAGUGUUUCAUAUGCUCCUAAAGACACCUCAGCAUCUGUCAGUCCAUCAGGUUUGGUGUCAACAGGUAGCUGGGUGGAGCUGAGCUGCUCCAGCAGAGCCAAACCUCCACCCAGAUUCACCUGGUUAAGGCUCAGCGGAGGUGGAGCGAUUGAACUAUCUGAAGGGCAGGUUUACAACUUCAGUGCUACUACCAUUGAAGAAGGAGAAUAUUACUGUGAGGCCACAAAUGAGCUAGGGAGUGAGAAAUCAACAGGCAUCUGUAUUGGCAUCAGUGAUGCUCUUUUGACUCCCAACAUUAAUAUCCCUGUUGAUGAUCUGAAGGAGGGCCAGUCUGUCACUAUAAGCUGCUCAAUUUCAACUCCUUGUCCACAAUCACAACCUGAACUCACCUGGAAUCUCCGCAAAAAUUCUCUCAGAGAAACAGAGAGAAUAGCAGAUGGAAACUUCACAACUAAAAUCCAGGAGAUCAUCACUCUGUCGUACAAACAUGAUGGAUACAACAUCAAAUGUUCCAGCAGACGACCUGCAACUAGAAAAAGCAUCGCAGCAGACACAGAAGUGACUCUCAGUGUUUCAUAUGCUCCUAAAGACACCUCAGCAUCCAUCAGUCCAUCAGAUUCGGUGCCAGAAGGUAGCUGGGUGGAGCUGAGCUGCUCCAGCAGAGCCAAACCUCCACCCAGAUUCACCUGGUUCAAGAAAGGCCCCAAAACAUUCAAGGAAGUAUCUUCAGGCAGGAUUUUCAAGAUUAAAUUCACUGGGGGCGAUGAGUACUACUGUUUAGCUUCAAAUAAGCUGGAUUCUCCCUGGAGUCCCAGCAUUAAUGUUCCCUCUGACCUGAAGGAGCAUCAGUCUGUCACUGUAACCUGCUCAGCUUUCACUCCCUGUCCAAACUCACCUCCUGAACUCACCUGGAAUCUCCAACAAGACUCUCUCAGACACACAGAGAAAAACAGAGAUGGAACCUUUACAACUAAAAUCCAGGAGAACAUCACUCUGUCAGACACACAUGAUGGAUACAACAUCAGAUGUUCUGCCAGAUAUCCUGUGAUUGGAGGAAACAAGACAGCAGAGACAGAAGUGACUCUCAGUGUUUCAUAUGCUCCUAAAGUCACCUCAGCAUCCAUCAGUCCAUCAGGUUUGGUGUCAGCAGGUAGCUGGGUGGAGCUGAGCUGCUCCAGCAGAGCCAAACCUCCACCCACAUUCAUGUUCAGGAUCAGCAAAGAUGGAGACAUUAAUGUGUCUGUGGGGCCAAUUUAUGGCUUCAAAGUUUCUGAGGGAGAAGAGUUUUACUGUAUGGCUUCAAAUGAUCUGGGGAAUCAAACAUCAUCUGUGAUCCUAGCUACCAAUAAAGACUCAACAAUAAGAUUUUCUUACUUGGUGGUGAUUGUAGUUGGAGUCAUUUUGAUCAUCUGUCUUGUUCUUUGUGCUUGGUUCUUCAAGUCCAAACGCCCAGCUUCGCCACAGACUCAGGCUCACACUCACCUUGACUGUCGAACUUCAUCCAAGCGAUGUCGUCCCCAACGCACUCAACCUUCCAGCCCGGGAUAGCGGGCUUCAUCAUGGCCAGGU